AUGUCCUCUGCAUCAAACGAAGGCCGCGAAUCUCCUCCCCCUGAGAGCCAGAGUGGCCGACAGUUACAGGAGACACCCGCCUCGGGACAAGGCACAGAUGAAGCUCCCAACAAGAAGGAAGCCAUGCAAGACCAACUAAGCAACCUAACCUCAAACCCCAAGGGACCCCUCGAGGAUGCAGUCACGGAGAAAUUUAGUAAAACUACAAAGCCAUCGUAA